AUGCUGGAGAAUGGCUCCCUGAGGAACUGCAGCGGGCUGGCGGGACGAGCCCCCUUCGCCUUCCCUUCGAGCCCGCGCGGGGGAGACGACGGCGAGGCGGCUGCAGACCCGAGACCGCGCUGGGUGGUGCCGGUGCUGUCCAGCGUGCUGAUCUUUACCACCGUCGUCGACGUGGUGGGGAGCCUGCUGGUCGUCGUCUCGGUUUUCAAGAACCGCAAGCUCCGGAACGCAGGCAAUGUGUUUGUGGUUAGCUUGGCCUUGGCGGACUUAGUGGUGGCCUUGUACCCUUAUCCUUUAGUCCUCGUUGCCCUUUUUCACAACGGCUGGUCCUUGGGAGAAGCACACUGCAAAGCAAGUGGCUUUGUGAUGGGAUUAAGCGUGAUAGGUUCCAUCUUCAACAUCACCGCCAUUGCCAUCAACAGGUACUGCUACAUUUGCCACAGUUUUGUAUACAAUAAAGUGUACAGUUGGCCGAACACGGUGUUUUAUGUCUGCCUUGUCUGGGUUCUCACUGUGGUUGCGACUGUGCCAAACUUUUUCGUCGGCUCUCUCAAGUACGAUCAAAGGAUCUAUUCGUGCACCUUCACCCAAACAACCAGCUCCUGUUACACCAUUGCCGUUGUCGUCAUCCACUUCAUUCUUCCGAUCACCAUUGUGACCUUCUGCUACUUGAGGAUUUGGAUUCUGGUGAUACGGGUCAGGAGGAAAGUCAAAUCAGAAUUGAAGCUGAAGAUCAAACCAAGUGACUUCCGAAACUUUCUCACCAUGUUUGUUGUCUUUGUGAUCUUUGCCUUUUGCUGGGCUCCGUUGAACUUAAUAGGUCUGGCUGUGGCCAUUAAUCCUUCAGAAGUAGCACCUAAAAUUCCUGAGUGGUUGUUUGUUGUGAGUUACUUCAUGGCCUACUUCAACAGUUGCCUUAAUGCAAUAAUCUAUGGGUUGCUAAACCAAAAUUUUCGGAAGGAAUACAAACGAAUUCUAAUGUCCCUGUGGAUUCCCACACUGUUUCAUCAGAACUCUUCCAAAGAGGGAGACAGAAAUACGGAAGAGCAAACUUUCUCCUGCUUUAAAUAA